CCCGCCCCGCGUCCCCCGCCGGCCCGAGCUCGGGGAGCCCCGGAGGCGCGGCUGCAGGCGGCGGCCGGCUGGAGGCGCGGACCCGGCGGCGGACAGCGGCUCUCCACUCGCACAAGCCCGACGCGCUGGCCAUGGCCUCCAACUUUAACGACAUAGUCAAGCAGGGCUACGUGAAAAUCCGCAGCAGGAAGCUGGGGAUUUUCAGGCGAUGCUGGUUGGUUUUCAAGAAGGCUUCUAGUAAAGGACCCAGAAGACUAGAAAAAUUUCCAGAUGAAAAGGCAGCAUAUUUCAGAAAUUUCCAUAAGGUAACUGAACUGCACAACAUCAAAAAUAUAACCAGGCUGCCUCGAGAGACAAAGAAGCAUGCAGUGGCUAUUAUCUUUCAUGAUGAAACGUCCAAGACAUUUGCCUGUGAAUCAGAGCUGGAGGCUGAGGAGUGGUGCAAACACCUCUGUAUGGAGUGCCUGGGGACCAGGCUGAAUGACAUCAGCCUCGGUGAGCCUGACCUUCUGGCGGCAGGAGUACAGAGGGAACAGAACGAACGAUUCAAUGUGUAUCUUAUGCCUACACCAAAUCUGGAUAUUUAUGGUGAAUGCACAAUGCAGAUCACUCAUGAGAAUAUCUAUCUCUGGGAUAUCCACAACGCCAAGGUCAAACUGGUGAUGUGGCCUCUCAGCUCACUGCGGAGAUACGGGCGGGACUCAACGUGGUUCACAUUUGAGUCAGGAAGCACUGAAAGUGGACAUAGCAGAAAACAUUUUUAUCAGGUUUGCGUGGGCGAGAACAUCCAGUCUCAGAAGGUUAAGAAGGUGUGCCUGAGGACAAACGGAAAGUGGCUGGUGGAAGCACAAGUCAGGUCACAGGUGCCUGGUUCAUUCCCCUGUGGUUUUUUCCACACCAUCCUUGUUCCGAGAACAGUGAUGUCGUUCUAUGAUCUGAAUCUUCAGACAAGCUUGACGGAACCAAUGACGUUAUCCAAAUCAAUAUCUCUCCCUCGCAGUGCGUACUGGCAUCACAUCACUCGUCAGAACAGCGUUGGCGAGAUCUACAGUUUGCAAGGUCACGGGUUUGGUUCGUCCAAGAUGUCGCGUGCACAGACCUUUCCCAGCUACGCCUCGGAGCAGAGCGAAGAGGCUCAACAGUCCUUGUCCCGGUCCAGCAGCUAUGGGUUUAGCUACAGCUCCAGCCUCAUUCAAUGACACACAGAGGACCACUGCUGACCAGAGAGACAGUCUGUCCUGGGCCCGCUCGUAGGGUGGUGGCACCCUCUGCCUCUUGGGAGACCGAUUGCAGUAUAAGUUGAACCGGGUUGGGUCUCGCCCCAAUCCCAGUGGAAGGUUAAAAACUGGACUCUGCUUCCUUGAUUCCGUGGCUAAGUCCUUUAUUUAUUGAGUUUCUUGGGGGGGAAAUCUAUGUUUUACAAAAAUAGAAUCCAAAUUGUAUGAACAGUCAUUUAAAUAAAAUCCUUUGGGUCUGACCAUAGCAGUAGCCUGGGCAUCAUGACAGGUGCCCUCACGGGCUUGUACCUGGGUGGUGGGCAUAACCCCUGUGCUCAUGGCUCAGGCCUCCGGCUGAUGGCAGGGUCGGCCCUAGACAUAAGGUGACCCACCACAAGCUGUGUGCCUGUAAGGCUUUGGCAGGAACAAAUAUGGUAAGCUCCACAAAUGGCAUCAUAACUCUCUACAUAUAAAUAAGCCCAGUGGCAAUUAAGGGAACAUGAAAUUUAGAACACACUAUUAAGCAGGGCCAUGUAGCUCUACUUGUGUGUGUGUGUGUGUGUGUGUGUGUGUGUGUGUGUUUAGACAAAUAUAGAUAUGGAUAUUGCUAUAUCCAUCUAUAUCUAACACGUAUAUAUCAAAUGUGUGCUGAAGGUGACAAGCUAUGCUCACUUACAUUGUCAAAACUGUAAUUUGGUGCAUUAAAAUUAAGAUUGUUAUGUUGAAUAGCUAUUUUUGAAAUAGUGCUAUAAAAAUGGCUUCUUAUUAGCAAAAGUAUUUAUAUAGUCAAGUCUGCUCCUAUGACGAGUGUGAGAAUGUGAGAAGGGGUACACUUUGGAAGCAAAAGAACUGGUCUAGCUGUCCUACAUGUAUGUCACCGUCAUGUCACCAUGCUGUCUUUCUGGUUAGUAUCUCCUUGUGUUGAUGUUUCUCCCUUUGGCAACCCCGCUGAGCUACAUGGGGAAGACUGGAUGUGAUCACCAAACAGCUUCCAUUUAGUCUUGAGAAAAAAAAGGCUCUAUGUGAGAAAGAUAAGAUAAGAUAAGAUAAGAAGAGCUGAGCUAUUUUGCAGCCACAGGACCACAGGCAGGGGUUGUAGAUGUCAUUUAAAAUGGCACACAUGCUGUCCUCAGAGAGCCGACAGGGCCUUGUCAUUUACAUGCAGCCAGAAUUCGCUGGGCUUUGCUUUCCUUUUACUGGACGUGGGCCGGCUGGUCUUAUAAGAAAAUGGAUUCAUCAUAAUUUUUUUCAUCCCUGACUUUAACGACAAACCUUCAAGGUUUAAAGGGAAGUGGUGAUUUCCACAUGAACUGAGGAAGUUUGGCUAAUUCAGGUCAACAUAGGUAGUUUUGCCUUCAAUUUUGGAGUUCACAUGAGUAAAAAUAAAGAUGAUUUUGCCCGCAUUAUCCGAUGCCACGUGCCUAAGAUGGUCAGCUCACAAAUACUCCCAGGGGCUUGAAACAGCAGUGAGCCCAGGUCAUGUAAGAUGAAAACCUGAUUUUUUUUUUCUAAUAGCAACAGUUUCUGAAUUGUCCAAGUUAGUCUGUUGAAGGGGUGCCUGUUUUGCUGAUCUGUGAUAAGAUAGGUUUUCAUCCCUAUCCUUAGUUUAAAUACAGGUCGACAGUUCAUUCCAGAGAAUUACUACAGAAUUAAAUGGUUCUGGGUGUCUCCUUGAUAAAUCCGCAAUUAGAGCAACCACCUAGACUCUUUGCAUCUCUCAGAUAAGUAUGAAACCCCAUCAAGAUGCUAAUCAUAAGAGUUAAUGUGGCUGUGAAAAAUAAUUAUCCUAAGCUUUCAUGGAUAAAAAGAAAAUUACUCCAGUGCUCGGCACUGUGAAUUUUGCUGACACAGCAGAAGAGCAGAUGAUUGGCUCGUUCAUGACGGUGAAGCAGCCUUCCUUGAAAUCCCAGCGUUCGGAGUUAAGCACCUCUGAAUGACUUGAGGACGUGGCAUUUGCUUUUGAAAUGCCAUUGGUAAAGCUCACCAGAGCAACUCCCAGCUGAGACCACUGAGCGCAGCUCCUGGUGUGGCGCCAUGCUCAGAGCAAGCCUCUCUGUGGCUCACUCGGUCGAGCUGUUGCUUAGAGACCACAAGUUUCUACAAGGGACUUUGGGGAAAGGCCCCCAGGGGUCCUGGUUUGUGUCUCAGCUUUAUUAAUGUGCCAGGAGCACAGACAGCGAGUCUAGGCGGGAUUCUGCUAAUUAGAUGAGUCUGCUCUCCUGUGGAUUCGGUGGGACACACAAUACCUGCAUGAGUUCUUUCACACUAUUUGCUUGUCACCGUUUCCCGUGAGCAUAGCUGAGAGGGUAGCAAAGGGCAGGCAUCAUCUCGGGCCAGUUUGCUCCGAGCAUCAUGCCGUAGAAAGAGCCCGGGAGGUAGAAAUGUCCUUCCCACGUCUUUACCCAAUCUCAUCCCAAUGUGAAUAAUGCUAUAAAAUAUCUCAUGGUACAAUUUUGGAGAUUUAUUCUAGCAGACUCCUCCAACUAUACUUACGAUUGCAGCUAAGCCCAAGUUGCCAAAUGAAGAGACAGGAGACUUUAUAUUAACCUAGUAUCCUUGACAUAAGGCAGUGUGCAUUGUAGUAAAAAUGGCAGGCAGAUACAUCGUCUACAAAAACCAAAGAUGAAAUGUUACUGAACCAGCCUCCUGGAACGUCAUAAAAUCCAUUCCACCAGAGCAACCAGUGGUCAUAGGCAUGUGUUCAACUCCCUCGAACUUGCAGCUUUUUGACUGAAGAUGCCUCUAUACCUUGCAAGUCACUGUUCUCCCUUCAGAAAUUGUAUUAUAUCUUUAAUAAACACGUGACUUUUUCAUUGUGAGGGAGUGACUGGCUAUGAACCAAAGACAUCUUUUGGCUCCUUCUGAAAGUGAUUCAGUUGGGGGUUCCUCCCAGGUUGAGACAGGUGAAAGGGGAGGGUUGCAGUUUCCACAUCGGGUUGGAAGAGAGAAAGAUGAAGGAACCCAACUCAAGUCACGAAGGCCCUUCUAGCGGCAGGGUCAGCCUGGGGACACACAUGUCACAGAAACAUUACACGAGGGGAUGCAUUUUUUUAUGUCCCCAGGUUUUUCCUCUGAUAAUAUUGUUGUACACAUAACAUUAUAUUUAAAAUGCAGAAAAGUCCAAAAUAACUUUAGUCUAGUGGUUUACUAUGCUGGUGGGGGAAAAGAAAACACAUCUUUCGUUUAUUCAUUGAAUGAAUAAUAGGCACUCAGAACCAAUUUAUUGAUGCAGGUUGCAAAUAUUUAUGAAUCAAUAGGUUCUGUCCACAGCCGCAAUUUGAAGUGAAUGAAAUAAGAAAUAUAUAUUUAUUUAUAUGUUAGGGAAGAUGUUGUUUGAUAGAGCAUGUGAAAUAAAGUGAAACAUAUUUAUUAAUAGUAAACCUCACCUUUUUCACCAAGUAGUUACUAGAGUACUAGUCCUAGUAUCUUGUCCAAUUUUUCUUUCUCUUCUUUGGGCAGUUAUGUUUGAAAAUUAUUUAUUACCUAUAAACUGGUCAGCCACUUAUACUUUGUGUCCAAUAUAGAAACAGUGGACUGAUAAAUAACUUUACACUGUUAGCAGUUUCUACAGAUCCAAUUUAUUGCAUGUGGUAUUUUUAUGGUAGCUAUUAAAAAUACAUUAUAAAAAAAUGAUGUUUGCCCCUCAUUUUUUGGCCAAUAUCUCAGAAACUGUUAAACAGCAUGAGUACCUCAUUCCCUAGAUUAUUGAGACACUUCCUAAAGUCGACCAUUAAUGAUACAGUGAAAAAAGCUAAGCAAAUUAUAUUCUCAUAAAAAAUUGUAUGCCUGUUUUGAUUAUUAUGAUGCAGCACAAUAAAUGGGCAGUGUGCUUUCAGUGGGACUAUGCCUAAAGGGCCUUUAACACCUCAUGUUACAACAAAGAUUAUGCUAAGAGCUGCUCAAAGUGAAAAGUGUUCGUUUUUCUCCAAUUCUAGUAACAUACUAUGUCGGUUCAUAUCUUACAAUUUCAAAUUACUUUACCAAUAAUUAACUAUACUUUACAAUUCCCCCAACCUCAGCCUUCUCAAAAUAGAGAAAAAUGUGUCUCCUUGACAUGCAUGAAUAAUUACAAUAAUAGGUGAUAUGCCCCAAAAAUGGAUUUCUAGCCUAUGAAAUUUAUGGAGUGCAAUUUCCCAUGGAGCGGGUACAGAAGGAGGAAAGGAACUAGUCAGAAAGGCAACAAUUUAGCUAAGAUUAUAAAGACCCCAACGAAUUUUCCAGAGUAACACCAGGACUCUACUGUCCUAACGUUCUAACUUCAGUUCCAUAUCCCCGGCCACCUUUCCUAGUUCUACCGAGUACUAAGCAUACAAGACAACAUCUGUAUCAUGUUGUUAAGUUACCACAGAAAGACAACACAUUCCCAACACGUAUGCUUCCUUUAGGUUCGUGAAAACUAUUUAACACAAAAUGGUGUGUAACAAAAUCCCCCUGGUAAAAUGUCUCAGUAACACGAGGAUCGUGUUUGUGUGGUGACCCGCUGGAGUUUCCACAUGAAGAUGUGUUAUCAGUGAGACUGGCAGGGGGCUGAAUGUGUCAGAAGAGAUCGACAGCCUCACGUGUGCAUUCUCUGUAAAUGUGCUGUGAAAGCUGAACCCAUUUUUCCUCCCUGAAACUACUACAAAUCUUUCUUUUUUUACUGGAGAAUGUGACAUUUUGUGGUAUCAUUUCUACAAUUUAUUCCAAGAUGAGGCAUUAGGGAAUUUAGACUCCCGCAGUGAUUUGGGGCACAUUUUCUGGAUAGACAGAAUGCUAGCUAGCUCUGGAAGCAGUCCUGUAGAAUGAAGGUCUGAUUUUUAUGUUCCACUCAGGACAAAACCGAAAUCCAUGGAUGGUGUAAUUUAUUCACAGGAAAGAAACAGUCAGAAAUAGGCUCUCCUAGUUAAGACUCCUAGUCUGGGGAUGUUUCCUGGGCUCCAUCCCAUCUUCCAGUGAGAUGUAACUGGAGUUGAGAAAUGCCACAUGGCCUGUAAGCUAAUAGGCCCUGUACAUUUAAGUGUUUUCCCAAAUUUUUCAGAUGUCCCUAACUCUUCCUGGACUCAUCACCGAUUAUAUCAAUAGAGCGGCUUUAUGGGCAAUUUAUUAGGCUUGUUGUGGGUCAUGAAUGAUUGGUAUAAGUGUUAUUAUUCUUGCAUUGUUAUCCAGUUCUUUGUUGGAAAUUUCAGACUUUUCCCAAAAUGAUAAAAAAAAAAAUUAAGUAGGUGUCGAUGUUUUGUAUUCCUACUAAUUUAUCAUGUUGUAAUUAUGAUUAUUAUUUUGGGAACCCUUAUUACUCUGUAGCACGUUGGUUUAAUUAUUUGUGGCAUUUGUCACAACUUUGUUAAAGAAUUAAUAACAUCAGGGCUACAUUUUCUUUUCAUGUGAACUUUGAAAACCUUCCAUUUUCAAUUCAAAUUUUGGGAAUGCUUUUUUUACAUUAAAAUGCCUUACACAUCAAGUUUUUCCUUAUACACAUCAGUAGGCAAUUAUUUAACUGAAGUUUAGAUAAAUUAGAAAUAAGUUAAAAUUACUAAAUAACGUGAAAACCACAUUUUACUUAUGAUUGUCAUGCACUUUUCCUAGUGUAAAAUUGUAAUAUAUUGUAAACAUUUAAAGGAGAGGAAAAGUACACCUGUAAUAGGAAUAUGUCAACUUCCUUCUAACAAUUCUGUUAAAUAAGUUUAAAUUUUACCUCAUCUUCAAUGCCUGCUACCCUAGUCCAUAUUCCAUAUCCCAAUUUUAAAAGGAAUGAAUGGAUUGAAAAUUUUUAAUAGUUUUGUGUGGCUAGUUUUAGUAAUUGAUGCAGUUAAUGUUCUCAAUCUGUUCUGUGCUUGAGGGAUGAUGUUAAAGAGAGCAUAAAUCAACACUUUCUGUAGGUCCAGAAUUGUGUGGCAAAUGAAGAAAGUCAUCUAUCAUGAUCGUGUCGUUGGGCCCAUGUUGGGAUUUCAUUGCUCUCUUAAUUCACCCACAUGACUCACAGCCUCAGAAGAGUUGCUUUUUCCAGGAACCCAAGACUUAAAAAUCCGAAUUCAGGAAAGGAAGAUUGAAACAAUGACUUGAUUUUCUUUGUUAAAGUCACUGCAGGUUUUCUCUCAAAGAAAACAUCUUGGCGGGACGCUUCUGGUUUUUCAAUAUCAUUCACUAUUUGACAGAGGGGCUGAAAGGCAGGGAAAAUGAAGAAUACAAUAAUAGUCUCUUGAUAUUCAAUACAAAUCAGAAAUGGCCAUGAUAUAGGUCAAAAUGAAAUAGUUUGAUUAGUCACGUUCAGAUUUACUUACCUAUUGCGUAAUUCAGGGAACAAUGCUCAUUCUUCUCCAAAAAUAUAUGUCAGUGGGUGGAGUGGGAAGAAAGAAGCUCCAAAUUUUUGUGAAGACCUGAAGUAGGAAACAGAGAUUCUUUCCAGUUCUAAGACACUCUGUAUUGUUUUUGAUGUAGCAGGCAGUGUGUGAAUCAGAGCAACAUCAGUCGGCUCCCCGACAAUAAAUGAGCAUGAGGGCCAGUGUCAUCUUCACUGCAGACCCCUGGUUAUGCCCCCAGUUCAGUACCCUCUACACACACACACACACACACACACACACACACACACACAAUCAUACAC